UGCUCCCUUGCUUCGUUACCUGACAGCGCGCUCCUCAGUGUUUCCAAAGCCGCGUCCACCGAUGGAUCGAGCCGCGAUCCUCUAGUGAGCUCCUCAAGCUCGCCACGCUCGGAUCCCACCACGUCCCACCGAUAAGAAGUGGAACCGAAUCCGGGAUCCGGUUGAUCGUACGCGGAGGAAUCCAUCCCGACGUGUCCUGGCCAAUCGGAAACGGAAGCUGUGCGUGUCGCGAGUACACGGUUUCCAAAGGGAAACGGCGGGUGAACGAAGAAGAACGAUAUAUAUAUAUAUAUAGAGAGAGAGAGAGAGAGAAGAGAGAGGGCAAGAGUGAAGAGGAGUGGAGUGUAAGAGGGAGAUAGAAAGAGAGAAAGAGGGAGGAAAGUGACACGUUACGAUACGAUCGAUCCAACGACCAAAGUUAUAACGUGCGUUUAAAACGAACACGGGUCCGAAAACGCGAUCGGGACAAUGUGCUCGUGACAAGAGGGAGCGCUCUUUUCUCUUUCUCUCUCUCGUUCGUCAUAGCCGACCCGUUUCAAGUUUCUCGUGUGCACGUUCAUCGGUGAAAGAAAGAAAGAAAGAAAGCCAACUAGACUCUUUCUCUUUCGACGACGACGACGACGAGGACGACGAGUGGCAAGCGAAGGAAGAAUAGGAAGAGGAAGAAGAAGAAGAAGAAGAGGAGAGAGAAGGAGAAGGAGAAGGAGGAACGAGCAACACCGAGCGAAGAAAGAUACACCCGAGGAGCCCGAGGAGGAAACGGAUAAAACGUGGGCGUUGAGUGAUUGUUGUCGGUGCUAGUUUCCAUUGGGAGUCAUGAGAGAUACCAGCGAUAUGAUGUCGGAGGACUCCUUGUCCGAGGACACGACGAUGGACUGCGAGGAGGAGGGCGCAGCAGGGUUGGACGAGCUGGUCGAUCUCGCGACCGACGUCGCGGAUUCAUCCCCGACAAUUCGAGAUGCCGCGGAGAGGUUACUGACGUUGUUGGGCGUGGACGAGGAGGAGAACGAGGAGAACCUGGUGUCGUCCUCCUCCUCCUCGGAGGACGAGGGCGUGGAGCUGGACGAGGAGCUCGAGGACGAGGACGGAAGCAGGGAGGACAGCAGGCUGUUGCACCAGCUGGCCGCCUCGUUGGCCAACGAGUUGAAGCAAUCCCGUCGGAGGCAGAGCUGCACGACGGGUCUCGAACCGCAUCGGAUGGAGGUGAUAGUAGUAGGGACGAAUUACCCGGAUCACAGUUGCCUUCAGGAUCAGAGCUUCAAGGGGGGGACGAGUAAUUGGCGCGAGGUCGCUGCCACCACGAACAAAUGCAAGCGACGGGGCGUCCUCGAGUCACGGCGACGUCUCGAGGGCCGUUCGACGACCGCGACGACGACCACGGGCCAGGAGGCGGUGGUCCCGUCGUCUUGGAACGCCGGCUGGGAUGCAUGCGCCGCGGAAGCCCUGAGAUAUCUGGUCGAGGACGAAGGACUGCCGCCUCAUCAUCCCACGGUCUUGGCCAUGAAGGACCAUCUGGAGGUGCAGAGGGAACGAGCCUUCGUUCGAUACGCCACGUAAACCGCUCGCUCUGGAUUUUUAUCCCGAGACGAG